GUGUGUGUGUGGGUGUGGGUGUGUUUGAACGUGAGUGCAGUGAAAUCAGAAACAUGGCGCUCAACAUCAUGUCUGCUCUUCGUCCUGGUCGUCUAGCAUCUCUUCUGCCUCUAUGUCUCCUCAUCUCCUUCCUUCAGCUCCUCAGCCGAGGACAAGUGCUGCGUCAGGACCACAGUGUUUUCCUGAGGUCCAAGCGGAGCAACUCCUUCCUGGAGGAGAUUCUGCAGGGGAACCUGGAGAGGGAGUGCUUCGAGGAGCAGUGCAACUUUGAGGAGGCACGAGAAUGUUUUGAAAAUGAUGAACAAACGAACAGUUUCUGGACCCGUUACGUGGAUGGGAACCAGUGUGACCCAAACCCCUGCCUCCAUGGCGGAAAUUGCACAGACAAAGUGGGCGGGUUCCAUUGUUCAUGCCCCACCCCCCACUACGGACCAAUCUGUGAGCUGGAAACUGCAGCGGAGAUAAAGGAGCAGAGUAAAAACACUGUCAAUAAAGCCGUUUACAGAGAGUUGGUCAAAUGUCCGACUGAAGGCCCGACAGCAUGUCAGCAGCAAUGCACAGCCUCCCAGUUCACCUUCACCUGCUCCUGCACUGCUGGAUUCAGACUGCACAGCGAUCAGCGCAGUUGUCUGCCAGAAGUGGAGUUUCCGUGCGGUCAAAUUCCUGAAAGAUCCGGCACCUCUUCCUUGAUGUGUCAUCCUGGAAGCUGUCCCUGGCAGGUGUCCUUGCACAACAGUGAGGGGGGGGAGCCCUGUGGGGGAGUACUGCUAGAUGGUCGCACUGUCCUGACUGCUGCCAGCUGCCUCCACACCGCUAGAAGAUACAAGAUAGGACCCCAACGUCUCUCCAUUGUUGCAGGAGACCAGCAGCACUACCCUGUCCAGGAUUUGGUCAUCCAUAAUCGAUUUCGUCCAGAUCGUGAUGACCAUGACUUAGCUCUCCUCCUGCUAGCCGAGCCUGUGAUCUUUAGCCCCAUCCUUAUCCCCAUCUGCCUGCCCACCAAGGACUUCAGCGAGAACAUCCUGAUGAAUUCUGGGAGAACGGGUGUGGCCGACAGAGGGAGAAGCCGACGGAACCAGGAGUUGGUCUACAUGACGCUGGACGACUGCCGCAGUGAGUUAGAGGUAUCACAGUCGCUCAGCAACAAAAUGUUUUGCAUGAGGAAGCAGGCACCAAAUCUCCAUCCUCCAGCUGUGGGAAGGCAGAUUCAACAGCUCCCCACGGCGUACCACAACGACACCUACGACAGGAGGAGCAACCAAACUACUGCAAACGAAAACCACGGUUCACAGAGGAACAGAGCGAUGACAUCAAAGGUUGGAAACCAGGGGACAUUGGUUUCUGGGAGUGUUCUGAGGCCAGACGGUGGAGGAAGGUCAUGUUCUGGACCACUGCCUGGAUCACCAGUUGCCACGGUGGAACACGGGACAGCCUUCCUGACCGGUAUACUGAUGUCAACAACAGCAGGCUGCGACGGCCUGGUGUUCACCAAACUCUCCCGCUACCUGAACUGGAUCAGACCUAGACUAGAGGCAGCAGAAGGGCGUACGACACCAAACUCUGACAUUUAAAUGCUUCCUUUCAACCAAAGAAUAGGUUGCAUAGAAUAGUGCAGUUGCGGGACUGUUAGUAAAAACACUCAAUAUUGAACUCAAUAUUACAAUUUGAUUUAAGGAAACAUUAGCAUUGGAUUGAUCAUAGUUUUAAACUUUUCUGUCAACACAAAUUGAAAUGUUUAUAAAUUAUAUUGGGAUGAAUGGAGAGUUCAGCUCCCCCUUGAGGCACUUUUGAAUAAAUCACUAUGAUUACAUUUCCACA